UUUACAAUAUUUUAAUUAACCACAAUGAACCCCAAUCCAACAUAUAUAACUACAUCAGUCAUAUUUCUUCAAGGGGAAUUAGAAAAUGACUACAGAUUAAUUUUGUAAUGGCUAAAAAAUAUUGUACUAGGAACUUAAUAAUACUAAAAUUAUAUUAAACAGCAACACAUUUCAGCAAGUCAAAUAAAAUUGAACAUGAAAUUGUUGCUCCGGAAAAGCAGGACGUGUUCAUUCAUCAUUUUUUAAAUUACAUUUUCCUUCACUCUUUUGUGGUGUUUGCAAUCAUUCUUAGUGCUACUGGGUUCAGUUACUAAUCCCCUCCCUUAAAAGAGAGAAUAAAACAGAAACAUAGAAGAAAAAAGAUUGGGACAUUUCCAAAAGGGAAAGUUGCCAUCUAUAAGUAAUGAUUGGUCUAGGCCUUGAGAGAGAUUCUCCAGGGAAACUUAAAUGCUGACAUAUCUGGGAUGAGAGUUCUUUCACUUGCCCGAAAAGAUGAGUGGCUCCAAACCUGAUAUCCUGUGGUCUCCACACCACGUUGAUCGUUAUGUAAUCUGUGACUCGGAGCUCAGCCUUUAUCGCAUUGAAUCGGUCGGGAAUUCUGAAGCUAAGGCAGGGGCCCUCCGACUUUCAGAGGAAACGACUGCAACGUUAUUAGCUAUCAAUUCAGACACUCCCUAUAUGAAAUGUGUGGCGUGGUAUCCAAAGCAUGAACCUGAAUGCCUUCUUGCAGUCGGGCAGGCCAAUGGACGUAUUGUGCUAACAAGCCUGGGACAAAGCCACAAUUCAAAAUGUAAGGAUUUGAUGGGGAAAGAGUUUGUUCCAAAACAUGCUCGACAGUGCAACACUUUGGCUUGGAACCCAGUGGACAGUAACUGGUUGGCUGCUGGACUUGAUAAACACAGAGCUGAUUUCUCUGUCCUAAUCUGGGAUAUCAGUAGUAAGUUUACUCCAGAAGCCUCUGUUACAUCAGACAAAAUACGACUUUCAGCUGGAGACACUGAUGCUGGUCUGGUGGUGACAAAGCCACUUUAUGAGCUAGGCCAAAAUGAUGCUUGCUUGUCCCUUUGCUGGCUCCCCAGGGACCAGAAGCUGCUACUGGCAGGCAUGCAUCGCAACCUAGCGAUUUUUGACCUGAGAAAUACCAGCCAAAAAAUGUUUGUUAACACUAAAGCCAUCCAGGGGGUAACAGUUGACCCUCACUUCCACGAUCGAGUGGCUUCCUUUUUUGAAGGCCAGGUGGCUAUUUGGGACCUUCGUAAAUUCGAAAAGCCAGUUCUGACUUUAACUGAGCAACCAAAACCUUUAACUAAAGUUGCAUGGUGUCCUACGCGGACAGGCUUGCUAGCCACUUUGACAAGAGACAGCAACAUAAUCCGCCUGUAUGAUAUGCAACACACUCCGACUCCCAUAGGGGACGAAACAGAACCCACCAUCAUAGAGCGGAAUGUGCAACCCUGCGAAAACCACAUUGCCUCAUUUGCGUGGCAUCCGUCAAGCCAAAAUCGAAUGGUAGUGGUGACACCAAACCGUUCCAUGACUGACUUUACUGUCUUUGAGCGCAUUUCUCUGGCUUGGAGCUCCACCGGUUCCCUAAUGUGGGCUUGUGGCAGACAUCUGUAUGAAUGCACUGAGGAGAGGAAUGCAAGUUCUGUGGAAAAGGAUAUUUCCACCAAAAUGAGACAGCGGGCCCAGUCCAGAUAUGGGCAUGAUACUGAGCAGGUCUGGAGAAACUACCUUUUAGCUGGGGAUGAUGAUCCUCAGCUCAAGUCUCUAUGGUACACUCUGUAUUUUAUGAAACAAUACACUGAAGAUUUGGAACAGAAACCUCUGGUAAACAAACUACCACUUGUUUAUUCUGGAAUUAAAAACAUUGUAAAAUCAAGUUCAGGGACAGUUGAGAGCUGGUGCUGUUGGAAUGGGUCGGACAGGCAGGCUAAUGUGAUUCGCUACCACAGUGAUGAGAGGUGCCUGGCCUUGCAGCUGUGUGGCUGGAUUAAGAGAGGGCCGGAGAUAGAUGUUGAACCCUUCCUACAGUCCCUUGAAGUGGAAAGGGAGUGGGAGCGUGCAGCUGCUGUAGCCCUUUUCAACUUGGACAUCCGAAGGGCAAUCCAGAUUCUGAAUAAGGGGGCUUCAGCAGAGAAAGGAGAUCUGAAUCUCAACGUUGUAGCCAUGGCCUUGUCUGGGUACACAGAUGAGAAGAAUUCGCUCUGGAGAGAAAUGUGCAGUUCCCUAAGGCUACAAUUAAAUAACCCUCAUCUCUGUGUCAUGUUUGCUUUUCUAACGAGUGAACCAGGAUCAUAUGACGGUGUGCUGUAUGAGAGCAGCAUGGCUGUUCGGGACCGUGUGGCCUUUGCCUGUAUGUUUCUCAGUGACUCCCAGCUGCCUCGCUACAUUGAGAAGCUUGCCAGUGAGAUGAAAGAAGCUGGAAACCUUGAAGGAAUCCUUUUAACGGGUCUGACAAAGGAUGGAGUGGAUCUGAUGGAGAGUUAUGUUGACAGAACUGGUGAUGUUCAGACAGCUAGUUUCUGUAUGCUAAAGGGUUCUCCAGGGGAGGUGGUGAAGGACUCCAGGGUCCAGUGCUGGAUUGAGAACUAUCGCAACUUGUUAGAUGCCUGGAGAUUCUGGCACAAGAGAGCUGAGUUUGAUAUACACAGGAGUAAACUGGACCCGAGUUCAAAGCCCUUGGCACAAGUAUUUGUAAGCUGUAAUUUCUGUGGAAAAUCCAUCUCCUAUAGCUGCUCUGCCAUGCCCCAUCAAGGCCGAGGCUUUAGCCAAUAUGGAGUUAGUGGCUCUCCUACUAAAUCUAAGGUCACUAGCUGCCCGGGCUGUCGUAAACCACUUCCACGCUGUGCUCUCUGUCUGAUGAAUAUGGGAACACCUGUAUCAAGUUGUCCAGGAGCAGGGAAGUCUGAUGAAAAGGUAGAUCUGAGUAAAGAUAAGAAACUCGCCCAGUUAAAUAACUGGUUCACCUGGUGCCACAACUGUCGACACGGAGGCCACACUGGGCACAUGCUGAGCUGGUUCAGAGAUCAUACAGAGUGCCCUGUCUCCGCCUGUACCUGUAAGUGCAUGCAGCUGGAUACUACAGGCAACUUGGUCCCCUUAGAUAGCGUCUAGAACGGUGUAAGGGAUACCCACGACUUCCUAACUGGUGUCUUUUCAAAUGGUCCUAACAUAUCUCAUUGACAAGAUGCAUUCAGGACUUGAGUAAUUGGGGGGGGGGGGGGGAGAUCGGAGCCAUUCAUUUUGGAAGGCCUUCUCUGGGAUGUAAUUACAAUUCAGAGCACCCUCAAGGAAAAUUUACAAGCUGACACUGAACAGUCCUUGAACCUGCCAUCAGAGACGAACCAAUAAUAUCUACUGCCUCUAUCUGAAGAACAUCAUAGAACAGCUUUGUUAUACAAGAUGUUGGAUCCACUAUUUGACAGGCUGUGAUAAGAAGAAAUUGCCAAUAAUCUGCUUUUUGAUUGAAAUAAAAGUAGCAAUUGUACAGAGGUGAAAAGAAAUGUUGCGUGAUACAAAGCUUGAUUUAUAUUUCCCCUUGAUGUCAUUUCUUUGGUGGGACAGGUUACAAAUAAAGUUUCGAUUUUGCUGUGUG